AUGCUCCGGUCGUACACGGUCGUGAUCGACCAGGACAAGCUCGAGCGCAUCGAGACAGCGCAGUGGCGCGCGCUUCUCUUCACGCUCUGCUUUCUGCACUCGAUUGUCCAGGAGCGGCGCAAGUUUGGACCGCUUGGGUUUGCGAUCCCGUACGAGUUUAACGCGAGCGACUUGACCGCGUCGAUGACGUUUCUGGAGAAGCACUUGUACUCGAGCGCGACGUUGUCGUGGCCAACGAUCCAGUACAUGAUUGCCGAAGUGCAUUACGGCGGGCGCAUCACCGACGACAUGGACCGCCGCCUCUUCAAGAGCUACUGCGACGAGUGGCUGCAUAGCUCGACGCUCGCGCCGAGCUUCUCGUUCAACCCCGAGACGCUCGUGGGGCACAUUCCCAACGACUUUGUGUACGCCGUGCCCGAGAGCAAUGAGCUCGACGAGUACCAUCGCGUGCUCAAUAGCUUCCCGAAAGUCGACUCGCCCGAGAUUUUUGGCUUGCACCCGAACGCUGACUUGACCUUCCGCGUCAAAGAGGUGACGAACCUCCUCGCGACGCUCAGCGAGACGCAGCCCAAGACGCAGAGCAGCAAGAACGGGCGGACCCGCGAAGAUCUCAAGGACAAAUUACCCAAGGAUUUCAUCGACGAAACCUGCCUCGAGCUACUGACCAACAAGCACGGCGGCUUUGGCGUGCCCAUGAACGUCUUUGUGUGGCAAGAGAUCCAGCGGCUCCAGACGCUCCUGAGCAUCGUGCGCAAGGUGCUCAGCGAGACGCAAGGCGCGAUCAAGGGCGAGGUGGUCGUGACACCCGACAUUGCCAACACGAUCCACGCCAUCUUUGACGCCAAAGUGCCGCCCUUGUGGCUGCACCGCGGCAUGGAGGAGCUCAGCUGGGUCGCGCCGUCGCUCGGUCUCUGGUUUGCGGGCUUGCUCGAACGCCACAAGCAGCUCGAGCACUGGGUCGAGAAGACAAAGCCCAACACGUUUUGGCUUACGGGCUUUUUUAAUCCCCAAGGGUUCCUCACGGCCAUGCGCCAAGAGGUGACGCGGCACCACGUCAACGACAAGUGGGCGCUCGACGACGUGGUCUACCACACGGAAGUCACCGAAUAUGAGAAGCUCGAGCAGAUCCGGCAGGCGCCGAAAGAAGGCGUUCUCAUCCACGGUCUCGCGCUCGAGGGCGCGGGAUGGCACAAGGGCAAUGCGACACUUGUCGAGUCAGAGCCCAAGCGGCUUUUUGCGGCUCUCCCCGUCCUCUUUGUGACGGCGACGACCAAAGCCCAGAAGAAAAGUCGAUCCGGCGACUAUGGCCCGUACGGCGGCUUUGAGUGCCCCGUGUACAAGUACCCGUCACGGAACGACCGCAACCUCAUCUUUAGCGUCACGCUGCCGUCGCGCGAGCACCGCCCGCUGCACUGGAUCCUUCGCGGCGUCGCGCUCCUGUGUACGACAGAAUAA